AUGGAGCAAAACAAGGCUUUGAACGCCCUCGAGGUUGGUCCCCUUGGUCCGUUCCUCGCCCUCUCCAAAUCGGCCACAUCUCCCCGUGCCGCCGCCGACCUCGUCACGCGAGCCACCUCCGCCCCAAACACCUACAUCUUUGCAGAACUCCUCCAACAACCACAGGUCCAAGCUCUCUCCCAAAACCCCGAGUUUGCACCCCACCUGACGCUCCUCCAAAUAUUCUCGUAUGGCACAUUCCAGAGCUACCAUGACACGCCCAACCUCCCACCGCUGAGCGAGCCUCAGAUGCUCAAGCUCCGCCAACUCUCUCUGCUCACACUCGCCCGGGACAGGUCAAAUCUGUCAUACGAGGCCCUCCAGAAAGCGCUAGGACUCACAUCAGCAAGACAGCUGGAAGAGCUCGUCAUCACCGCCAUAUACGCCGGCUUACUCCACGCCACUCUCGACCCAGCCCGUCAAGCAGUCCAAGUAAACAGCGUGGCACCACUGCGUGACCUCUCGCCAGGGUCCGUCCAGGACAUGAUUGCCGCCCUGAGCAACUGGUCAGACAAAUGCGCCUCCACGCUAGGUGAUCUAGAAGCCCAAAUCAGAAAUAUCCGUUCUGCUGCUACGGCGCGUGAAAAGGAAAAAAGGGCAGCAGAACAUAGGACCCAGGCCCUCAUGUUAGAAGCAUGGGAUUUGGAUAAGAAGAAGGAUUUGCCGGGACGGGAUGCUCUUCCAAGGAGAGGCUAUAAUAAGCGAUCCAUGGUGGAUGCUACCAAUGUCACAAGUGAGGAGACAAUGGAUGUAGACGAGCCUCCUGCUGCCGAAGAGCAGAAGAAGCGGUCGAGUAAGCGCAAGAUGUAG